AUGGAGAGCGCGGCGGCGGCGACAAGGCCGGUGACGACGGGAAGCGGAGCUCUCCCGCAGGCGAAGGCGGCGAAGGCGGCGACUCCCUCCUUCCCUCCCUCUCCAGGCCUGGGUGAAGGAGCCCGGGCGGGGAGGCGGGGAGAGAAGGUUGUACAGAAAAUGGGGAGAAGGGGUGCAGAAGCCCAGUGUUGGUCAGAUGUUGUGUCCACUGGGUUUGCAAUUAAUACUGACCCCAAGAUGGAGAUUGCAAAGUCAAUGCCCGGCCUCCUGCCAAGAAGAGCCGCUCACUUCAGCCGGCCCGGUCCCGGCGCCAGUCAAAACUUUUGGACCGCCGCCGCCGCCUCGGAGCUCGGGGCUCCCGGCGCAAUUCCCGGCUCAGCGCCCCGGCCGGAAGGAGCUGCCGGCCGGGGAAAGGAAUCCGAGGCGCUGAGUGGCGGCGGCGCGUCACCAAGUGGAGAAGUCAAAGAAACCUUUGCUAGAGCUAGAAAUGGAAAAUACAGGUUUUUAAAAAUAGUGAUUGAAAAUGAACAGCUUAUUGUGGGAUGUUCUAAAAAACCUCAUGGAUCUUGGGAAGAAGACUACGAUGCCUUUGUUCUCCCACUCCUUGAAGACAAACAACCAUGCUAUAUCCUGUACAGACUUGAUUCUCAGAAUGCCCAAGGAUAUGAAUGGAUCUUUAUUGCAUGGUCCCCAGACCAUUCUCCCGUUCGUCAAAAAAUGUUGUAUGCAGCUACCCGGGCAACGUUGAAGAAAGAAUUUGGAGGUGGGCACAUAAAAGAUGAAGUAUUUGGAACAAACAAGGAAGAUGUCUCCUUGAUUGGUUACCGAAGACACCUGGUGACUCAGUCCUCACCUGCCCCUCUGACAGCAGCAGAGGAGGAACUUCGACAGAUCAAAAUUAGUGAGGUACAAACUGAAGUAAGUGUUGAUACUAAGCACCAGACUUUACAAGGAGUAGCAUUCCCUAUCGCUAAAGAAGCUCUCCAGGCUUUGGAAAAACUGAAAAACAAACAGCUAAACUAUGUGCAACUGCAAAUUGACAUGAAAAAUGAAACAAUCAUCCUGGCUAGUACACUUCUGACUGAGGUGAAGGACUUGCCCAAACGAAUUCCGAAGGACUCUGCACGGUACCAUUUUUUCCUCUACAGACAUUCCCAUGAAGGAGACUACUUGGAAUCUGUAGUUUUUAUCUACUCGAUGCCUGGCUAUAUGUGCAGUAUACGAGAGCGAAUGCUAUACUCCAGCUGCAAGAGUCCCCUCCUAGAAAUCGUGGAGAGACAGCUGUGGAUUCCAGUUAUCCGAAAGAUUGAAAUAGAUGAUGGAGAGGAGCUCACCGCUGACUUCCUAUAUGAAGAAAUUCACCCUAAGCAACAUGCUCACAAACAGACUUUCGCAAAGCCCAAAGGACCUGCUGGGAAGAGAGGAAUCCGAAGGCUGAUCAGAGGUCCAGCUGAAACCGAAACCCCUACUGACUAAAGGCAGCAAGUGCACUGGGAAGAAGAGCAUUGUGGUGGGAACAGGGAAUCAAGAGAAAUCCCACCCAAGCCUUUAACGAAUAAUGAAUGCAUUCCACACUUGUGUUUUCCAAGAGAAAGUGACUUUCCAGUCUUGUGACUUUCUGCUGCACUUCUCUGGCUAUGCCACUAUAUAGAUCUUACAAUGUCCACAGCCUGUGGUUGUAAUGCAUUGUUUCAGAAUUAAAACUGUAAGCUUGCAGAAUGUUACCCUGUUUCCCUGAAAAUAAGACCUAACCUGAAAAUAAGCCCUAGUAUAAUUUUUCAGGAUGCUCGUAAUA